UGGAGCAAGUGGCAGAAAGGCAACCGUCAACGUGAAAAUCAGAAAGACCCAAUCGAUUCUCAUAAAACCCCCCCCAAAUCCUCAACAAUUCAUCUUUCUGAUUUUCCAGAGCAAAAAGGAGGAAGCUUUCCGAUUUUUUCUUCAUUGCCAUUUUUUGGCAACCCUAAUAAGAGUUCUCUGAAUUCCUUUUGUUCAGGUCACGGGAUUUGAAUUCCCGUCGGGUGGGUUUUUGUGAUUAUGGUAACGCUGAGUAGCUCCAUCACUGCUUGGAUCGGUCACUUCCUCGCUUGCAUGGGGCAUUUGCUUUGGUGGAGUGACCAAAAUGGAUAGGAUUUGAUUUUUGAUAGAAAUGAGAUGGGGGUGUUUUAAGCAGGGCUUUGGCAGUGGAAAUGGAUCCGUGUUGUUUUUGGACAAUCGCUUAUCCUGUGGUAACAGACCUUGAAUCUAUGAACUGGUACAGAAAUGGGGAAAUAGGAUUCUGGGGUUGUUUUGGAUGCUGCACUAAACCCACACCAAUUAUUGCUGUUGAUGAGCCGUCAAAGGGACUGAAAAUUCAAGGGCGCAUGGUGAGAAAACCUAGUGUAUCUGAUGAUUUCUGGAGUACCAGCACGUAUGAUCUGGACAACAGCACUGUCCAAUCUCAAAGAAGCAUCUCAUCCAUUAGCACGUCAAACCAGACCCUAAAUUGUGGAAGUGGCAUUGCUAGCAUGAGCAGCAAUUCUGAUUUUGUAAAUAAUGGUGUUCUUCUCUGGAAUCAAACCAGGCUUCAAUGGAUUGGAUCUAGCAGGUCCAGGGAUCAUACUCAACGGAGUCGGGAACCCAGAUUAAGUUGGAAUGCGACUUAUGAAAGUUUGCUUGGUACCAAGCAGCCAUUCCCCCAGCCAAUCCCUCUAUCUGAAAUGAUAGACUUUCUGGUAGAUGUAUGGGAGCAGGAGGGGCUGUAUGAUUGAGGAACUGUAUCAUAUCAAGACCCCACUGUCUUUGUAACUAUUAAGAGUUGUUCGUGUAUAGUUGAGGGCCAAAGGAGGAACAAAAAGAUCAAACAAAUGUUUCUAAAUUUUAAUUCUACACGCUAAUGACCAUCUUUUUCUCUUCUUAUCUUUCUUUUUUCCUUUUCCUCUUGUACAUGCCCUAUUGGACUUGGCCCUCUACCAUAUUCAAACUGAAUACAGGUGCAAAUAUGUCGAUGAUUAACACUAAACUUGUUGCUCUCUUCUCUUUUCGUUUCCUUCUCGAUAGGCGGAUGUGAUCUUCUUCUUCUUCUUCUUCUUCCGUUUUUAUUUACGGAGUUCGGUGUUUAUCUGUAUGAAUAAAUUUGUUUUGAUCAUAUUGAGGUAGCUCCAUUUAUAUGGUGUUAUUAUCUAUUUGCCCGAUUGGUCGUGUUCA